AAGAGGAGGGAGGGAGCUGAGAGGCCAUGCACUGAGGAGCAACCGUUCAGAGGAACUGACCGGACACGCUGACAGCCGCCAGCUCUAAGGAUCGAAGACUCAACUACACUUUACUGAAUAUGGACACGAUGAAGAGUGCGAGAAAGAAUGAGACAGGAGAAGUCGGCAGCGAUUUAUCAGAGCAGAUUAAAGCAGCCACUAAGGACAACCACGUGAGGGCUGAAAACACACAGCUGAUGCUGAGUUACCAAAAGGGAGAGAUCACUCUGGUUCAGUAUAAGGUCCUGCUGUGCUCCCUCUACGAGAUCUACAGGGCUCUGGAAGAUGAGAUGGACAGGAAUGCUUCCCAUCCAGCCGUUGCACCAAUUUACUUCCCUCAGGAGCUUUCCCGUGUGGAAUCACUGGAAAGAGACCUGGAGCAUUUCUUUGGAUCAGAGUGGAGGAAGAGAGUGAUCGUCCCUGCAGCCACACAGAGAUACGGCCAGAGACUGCGACAGAUCGGCAGAGAGAACCCAGAGCUUCUAGUGGCCCACGCCUACACUCGCUACCUCGGUGAUCUCUCAGGGGGACAAGUGCUGGGAAAGAUUACCCAGAAAUCUCUCGGUCUGAGCAGCAAAGAGGGGCUUUCCUUCUUCCACUUCCCCGGUGUGAGCAGCCCCAACCGUUUCAAGCAGCUGUACAGGAGCCGGAUGAACAGCAUCGAGCUGACGGAGAAGGAGAAGGCCGCGGUGCUGGAGGAGGCCGUGCAGGCCUUUGAGCUGAACAUACAGGUUUUUGAUGACUUGCAGAAAAUGCUGAGUGUUGCAACAGAAACUGCGGACCAGCACAAAGACAGAUCCCCAGCGGCCGUCCUCCCGUCGUCAUCCAUCGUACAGUUCACCGUGGGACUGUGUGUUGCGCUGGCCACUAUUGGAGUGGGAAUGUAUGCUUUGUAGGCUCUACCUGUACUUAUACUGGUUGUGAAUCAUAGAUUGUACAUAAGACAUGGCUUUAGCUUCUGGGUUUGAAAAAUGAAGGCAAACAGGAGAAGACGUAUGAAUGAUUUUAAAAGGAAGUCUUGAAGGUUUAUGGUCUCAAUCACCAGUUUAAGGCAUACAGAUAAAGAUGAAAAGAGCUAUUGUUACAUCACCUAGUUGUUCCUCUUGGAAUUCUCUUAAUUUAAAAAAAAUGACUCAAUUUUCUUCUGAAUAUGACCUCAAACCAGUGAUCAGGACCACAGGAAAGUCCGGAAAGUGUUUAGCAAAGUCAUGAAAGGUUGUUUGUGUCGCCCCCUGGUGGUGACUGAAGAGAUUGUAGUUUUAAAAGGCGCUUCCAACUUGGCUUCACAUUCCAAACCCAGAAGCUACAACCAUAUUUUGCACCGUCGAUGGUUCUUGCAGAAUAUAAAUUACAUUUUGUGAUGUUGCAAGACUUAAGGCGUCACUAACCAGUGAGUGGGAUUACAAAGGCUCCAUCCAUCUUUUA